AUGUUCUCCAAAGUUCUGGUAGCCAAUCGCGGAGAAAUCGCGGUCCGCAUUAACCAGACGCUGCACGCUAUGGGCAUUAUGCCGGUCGCGGUCUAUUCCGACCCUGACGCCGGAACUCCCCACGUGCUCAUGGCGGAGCAGGCGGUGGCCCUGCCCGGCAGCACUGCCGAGGAGACUUACCUGAGCAUCUCCAAACUGGUGCAAGCUGCAAGGGAUUGCGGGGUCGACGCGAUCCACCCGGGCUACGGUUUCCUGUCGGAGAAUCCGGAGUUUGCCCGGGCCUGCCGGGACGCGCACAUAACCUUCAUCGGACCUACGCCGGAAAGCAUGGCCGCGCUGGGGGAUAAGCUGCAUUCCAAGGACAUCGCGCUGGCCGCGGGUGUCCCGGUGGUCCCCAGUACGCCCGCGUGUCUUCCUGGGGAUCCAGUGGCCGUAGAGUUUGCUGACCGAUGGGGGUUUCCCCUGAUGGUCAAGGCGGCCGCCGGGGGAGGCGGUCGCGGCAUGCGCCAGGUCAACCGCCAGGCCGAUUUGGGCGGGGAUAUGGAGACGGCCAGCCGGGAAGCGCAGGCUGCUUUCGGCGACGGCCGGAUGUUCCUGGAGCGGUACGUUGCCAACCCGCGCCACGUGGAGAUCCAGGUGCUGGCAGACGGGUCCGGGCACACUAUCCACCUGGGCGAACGCGAGUGCAGCAUCCAACGCCGCCACCAGAAGAUCAUUGAGGAGACCCCAUCGCCGGCCCUGACGCCGGAGUUGCGCCGGCGCAUGGGCGACGCCGCCAUCGCUGUGGCCCGCGAGGCCGGAUACGUCAACGCCGGGACGGUUGAAUUCCUGCUGGACCCAAGGAGCGGCGAAUUCUACUUUCUGGAAAUGAACGCCCGGCUCCAGGUUGAACACCCGGUGACCGAGGCCGUCGUGGGGUUGGACAUGGUGGAAUGGCAGAUCCGCAUCGCCGGAGGGGAACCUCUGACGCUUCAACAGGAGGACAUCCAACCCCGGGGCCACGCCAUCGAGUGCCGCAUAUACGCCGAGGAUCCGUAUCGCGAUUUCGUUCCGUCCACCGGUACGCUGCUGCGUUGGCGGCCCCCCAGCGGGCCCGGGCUCCGGCUGGACAGCGGCGUGUCCGAGGGUCAGGAAGUGUCCAUCUACUACGACUCCAUGCUGGCGAAGCUCGUCGCCUGGUCUCCUGAGCGCGACCUGGCCUUGCGCCGGAUGGAGGCCGCCCUUUCCCAGUUCCUGGUGUUGGGAGUUGUCACCAACAUUCCGCUGCUGCGGGCGGUGGUGGGGCAUGCCCAGUUUCAGCAGGGCGAAUACGACACCGGCUUCUUGGAGUGGAACCCGGCGGUUACCAGCCCGUUCAUUUCGGGUGACUCUCGCAUGAUGGCCCGCGCGCUGGCGGCCUGGGCGUCGCGUCAGCCUGUUGGUCAAGCAUCUCAACAGGCUGGCAGCGAUAGGCCGGUUAGCGCCAAUCCCUGGCAGUCCGCCGGACAGCGGAGGCUCCCAUGA